UUUUAAGAAGGAAAGCACAGUUUGAUGCCAUACUUAAUUUCUUGCUUUUUAUCUCUCCCUCGCUUUGAAGAGUGAUUCUUUCUUUCAAAUUGCUUCCAACCUCUACAACUUCCUCUCUCUCCCUCUCUCUCCCUCUCUUCAAGAAUUUCUUCAAUCCUUAGCUAUGCAGUCUCAGACUCGGACGGUUCAAGUCAAGCACGUUUCGAAUCUAGCUACUGAGAGGGAGAUAAACGAGUUCUUCUCCUUCUCUGGAGAAAUCGAACACAUUGAGAUUCAAUGUGAACAAGGGGAAUCCAGGACUGCGUUCGUCACAUUUAGAGAUCCCAAAGCUCUUGAAAUUGCCUUGCUAUUAUCGGGAGCGACAAUCGUAGAUCAGACUGUGAGCAUAUCUCCUGUUGAAAAUCAUGUACCAAGAAGAGAAAUGCAGGUUGUGGACAAUGCUGCAUGUCUCACUCCUACAGAAAAUAAUUUUCCUAACACUGAGGAUUCUGGAAGCCAGCCUAGCAGUGGAAAAAUGUAUGUUAAUAGAGCACAAGAAGUAGUUGCAAAUGUGCUUGCUAAAGGUUCAGUAAUUGGACAAGAUGCCAUGAACAAAGCGAAGGCAUUUGACGAAAAGCAUCGGCUAACAGCUAGUGCAUCUGCAAAGGUAUUAUCCUUUGACAGAAGGGUUGGGCUGACAGAGAAAUUGACGGUUGGGAUAUCAGUGGUUAACGAGAAAGUCAAGUCUGUCGAUCAAAAUCUUCACGUUUCUGAUAAAACAAGGGCUGCAAUCUUCGCAGCUGAGAGGAAACUCAGUGAUACAGGAUCUGCUGUUAAAACAAGCAAGUAUGUGACAGCAAGUGCUGCUUGGUUAAAUGGUGCAUUUGGCAAGGUCGCAAAAGCAGGGCAGGCAGCAGGAACGAAAACUAGAGAGAAAUUCCAUUUGGCCAUGUCAAACUUAACUUCAAAGGAAUCCCCUGUUGUUGCCUAAUCUUAAAACUUUGGCUUCAAGAAACUCAGUUGGCUUGGCUGCUUCUAUUUGUAAUGAGUUUCUUUUCAUUCUAUUUCGUCAGGUUAUUUUUUCUUCAGGAUUUUGCUCUACUACUACUACUAUUAUUAUUAUUAUCUGUAUCUUUUUUUUUUUUUUUUAAUAUUCAUAUUCUUUAACUAAACUAUAAGGGUGUUUGGCUGAUCAGAAUUUUGUAUUUGUAAGAUUUAUUAUGGAAUUGUAGAGAAAAUCCAAUUAUUAUUUAUCUUAUACUCUUAUUCUUUA